AUGGCCGAUACCCGGGGGAUAAACCGGUAUGACCGUGCCAGCCAUUUUGCAAGGAUCGGAAUGAGCCGUCAUUCUGUAUCUGGGCCAUCUGGCGGUCCAACAGGGUAUUUCAGGCAGUCUGCUCUGCUUCUGGAUCGUGGAGAUGCUGUUGGACUGUCACAGGCGCGCGAGAAUUCUCGAGCGUCAAACUACACGGACUAUGGAUACACAGACCAGCAGCCAUACGCAGCCAAUUCUUUUCCGAACGGUUCACUGCAGGGACACGAGUUGCAACCAUACCAGUCAGAUUUCUCGCGACAACACCAUACGUUGCGCGAACAGCAGCGGGGUCAGGACAAACAGUCGUUGCAGCAACCGUCACCGCAUCAAUUCUCCCCGUAUGAGACGGAGAUAGUGUACAAUCUCAACCAGCAAAGCCAGACCCCGGCACCGUACAAUGUUGUUCCACCGUACCAGGCGCGGCAAUCUGCGGCCAUUGAAGCCUUGUCAUCCCAAUUUGCCGUUCCACAGUACUUUCCGUCCAGCGAACCAACUGGGACCGGGGUCCAUCCGGUAGUUUCGCCAUACUUGGCUUCACAUGAACAGUCUGCAGCGGCUUAUAAUCAACCCGCUGUCAAUGGGUGCUCGAGUACGACGCAGCCGUUUACCACAACCAUGGAGGAGUUUACCCCAAUUGGGACAGCUGGGCAUCUGGAGCAGCAGCAGCAACAGUCACAACAAUCACCGGCGUCAGCGCAUCAGCAGCAGAAGCAACAGCAACAACAACAACAGCAGCAACAGCAACAGCUGAUUCCCAAAGCUACCAGCGUAGAAGAGGCCUAUAGCCAGUUCCAACAUGCGCUAGUGGAGAUAUUUGACCGUAUUCGUGCCGGGAGACUGUCUGAUGCUAGUCAUACUCUGUUGGAAAUAUCUGGGUGGCUUGUCACAAAUGCGCAUGAACUUGGUAUUCUGCGCGACGACCAACUGGUAUACUCUGAUCGACUCCAACUCUGGAGCAACUUCAACAUUUGCUGGCUAGCGGUUUGCCAGAAACAGAAAGACUUAACGCAGGACCUAUUGCGGACAGGCCAUCAGUUACCGAGUACCAAUCUUCUUAGCAUCGCGGCCAUGGAACACAUGGGCAAUGAGCUCAUCAGGCUCUGUGAUCAGAUGGAACAAUACGGCCUCGUAGACUAUCAGAUGGGUAUCUGGGAAGAAGAGAUUCUCUGCGUUCUGGGUCAAUGCUUUGAUCUCAUGGACAGAAAACCGGAUGUCCUUCGAAACCACACUCUACCGUCUUCUGAGGCAGCAGCAGCAGCGACAGCCACCAUGUCAUCGCGAACGGGGUAG